AUGGAUCUCGCUUGGGUUGUGCUUUCCAUGCUAACAACAUGCACAGCUAUCAACAUGCAGUCAGCAGGCAGCCACAGCACCUUCACGUGUGAGCCCAUCACACUGCGGAUGUGCCAGGGUCUGUCCUACAACACAACGUUCAUGCCCAACCUGCUCAAUCACUAUGAUCAGCAAACUGCAGCCCUCGCCAUGGAGCCUUUCCAUCCCAUGGUGAACCUGGAAUGCUCGGGUGACAUGCGCCCGUUCCUUUGUGCCCUCUACGCACCCGUGUGUACGGAGUACGGCCGUGUAACCUUGCCAUGUCGCUAUCUGUGCCAGCGGGCCAAGAGUGACUGCUACAAACUCAUGGACAUCUUUGGAUUAAGCUGGCCUGAAGAGAUGAGCUGUAACCGGUUUCCUGAAUGUGACGAGCCGUAUCCACGAGCCGAGGACCUCCUCUUGAGUGGCGACUCCACAGAGGAAUCUCCCAUGUCUGUACAACGUGACUACGGCUUCUGGUGCCCACGCGAGCUGAAGGUUGACCCCGAGCUGGGCUACAGGUUCCUAGGUGUUCGUGACUGCUCACCCCCAUGCCCAAAUAUGUACUUCAGCAGGGAUGAGCUUGUCUUUGCUCGCUACUUCAUUGCUGUGGUGUCCAUCAUCUGCCUAUCAGCUACGCUUUUCACAUUCCUUACCUUUCUCAUCGACAUGGGUCGUUUCCGCUACCCAGAGCGGCCCAUCGUCUUCUACUCGGUGUGCUACAUGAUGGUAUCGUUGGUCUUCUUCCUGGGCUUCCUGCUGGAGGAGCGUGUGGCAUGCAACAAGGCGACACCAGGACAUUUCCGUGCUGCCACCGUCACCCAAGGCUCGCAUAACAAAGCAUGUACGCUGCUCUUUAUGGCCCUCUACUUCUUUACCAUGGCAGGCAGCGCAUGGUGGGUUGUGCUCACUGUCACAUGGUUCCUGGCUGCUGUACCCAAGUGGGGCAGCGAGGCGAUCGAGAAGAAAGCUCUGCUCUUCCAUGCAGUAGCCUGGGGACUGCCUGGCGUGCUCACUGUCACGCUCAUGGCACUGAACAGGGUGGAGGGUGAUGGUGUGAGUGGUGUAUGCUUCGUGGGUCUGUACGAUCUCACUGCUUUGCGCUGGUUUCUCUUGGCCCCUCUAGCUCUGGCUGUGACUGCUGGAGUUGUGCUCCUGUUGGCUGGUAUUGUGGCACUGAACCGUGUCCGCAUGGAGAUCCCCUUGGACAAGGAGAAUCAAGACAAGCUGGUGAAGUUCAUGAUCCGCAUAGGCGUGUUUUCCGUGCUGUACCUGGUGCCAUUGCUGACGGUGAUUGGCUGCUUCAUGUACGAGCAGACCUACAGGCCAGUAUGGGAGAUAACUUGGGUGCAGGAGCAAUGCAGACGCUAUCACAUCCCCUGCCCAUUCAAGGUGGAGCAGAUGAGCAGGCCGAAUGUCGCCCUCUUCCUCGUUAAGUACUUGAUGAUGCUGGUAGUGGGAAUCCCUUCUGUCUUUUGGGUGGGCAGUAAGAAGACCUGUUUUGAGUGGGCCAGCUUCUUUCAUGGCCAUCACCAAAAAGAUGUGGUGCACGACAGUAGACAGGUGCUGCAGGAACCUGACUUUACUCAGCUGCUGCUGCGUGAACCUGGAGUUACCGUGGUGCGCCAAUCCCGUGGCACCUCCACACAGGGCACCUCCACCCAUGCCUCCUCCACACACCUGGCCAUGCUGGACGAGGAACACAGCGGUAGCAGCCGUCCGAGCAGCAUGCACAGCAAAGCCAGCAGUUUCCAUAGUAACCGGCGCCAGUCUCAUGAUGGCAGCAGGUACACAGCAUGUAGUGUCCACGGUGCAGAUGGGCUCCGCCUCCCCCACGUCAGUGCAUCCCACCUGCACGAGCAGCUUCAGCAAAGCAGCACAGCUCGAUUGGAGAGUCAAUCACGACACGGUGGAUCACAGCGCCUAGACAACCAGUCACACCAUGCCAGCAUCCGGGACCUCAGCAGCACGCAGCUCAUGGCCCAUAGCGGCCCUGUUAACGGUACCCACUCUGCCUCAGAGGAAGGUGGGGCCACUUCUUGA